GAGUUCGUUUCAAACAAAUGUAAACAAACAGAGAACAGGCUUGCUUCAGUGAUAGAAAUAUAGGUUUUAUUUAAGAUAGUGCUAAUUGUAGCUUCAUUUCAAUGAAAGUAAUACUAGAAUCGAAAACAAGGUGCUCACGUAUCACAAAUGUAUCACGGAGCAUCAUACGCUUUAAUUGUCCUCAAUCGUUACUGAUGGUUUUAGUAUGGUGCUGUACUGCAGGAUGGAUUUUCCAAUCUGUUUCGGAAGUGCAAGCUUUGAGGAAAUAUGCAGCUACUGAUAUGCAUCGUAUGCGCGAACGAGUCCGUCAAAUGUUUCAUCAUGCGUACGAUGGUUAUCUGCAGUAUGGUGCUCCAUACGACGAGUUGCGGCCUUUAUCCUGCGAUGCUAUUGACACUUGGGGUAGUUAUUCGCUAACAUUGAUUGACGCACUCGAUACAUUAGCAGUCAUGGGUAACUACACUGAGUUUGGCCGUGUGGUACAACUUUUGCAAGAUAGAUCAUUUGAUGCAGACAUCAACGUAUCAGUGUUCGAAACAAAUAUUCGCAUAAUUGGUGGACUUUUGUCGGCCCAUUUACUUUCUUAUCAUGCCGAUCUGGCAUCCAUGGGAUUAGUUAAACCAGGUUGGCCCUGUGAAGGUCCACUAUUGGAAAUGGCACAGGAUGUUGCGCAGCGUUUAUUGCCGGCAUUCGAUACCGCUACGGGCAUGCCGUACGGCACGGUAAAUUUGCGCCACGGUGUACCAUAUGGAGAAACAUCGGUCACCUGUACUGCGGGUAUCGGAACUUUUAUACUGGAAUUUGGCACCCUCAGCAGACUGACAGGAAAUUCCGUAUACGAAGAUGUUGCAAUGAAUGCUCUGUCCGCACUGUACAAACACCGCUCCCCAAUAGGAUUGUAUGGAAAUCAUAUCGAUGUACAAACUGGUCGCUGGAUAGCACAGGAUGCCGGCAUUGGUGCUGGGGUGGAUUCAUAUUUUGAAUAUUUAGUAAAAGGAUCAAUCCUGCUCGAACGACCUGAGCUGAUGGGCAAAUUCCUCGAAAGUAAGGCAGCGAUUGAUCGCUAUUUGAAACGAGAAGAUUGGUACGUUUGGGUUAGCAUGAGCAAAGGUCAGAUCACGCUACCCGUAUUUCAGUCACUCGAAGCAUACUGGCCAGGUUUACUUAGUUUGUAUGGCAAUACAAAGGAAGCGCUACGUGUACUGCACAACUACCAGUCCGUUUGGCGUCAGUAUGGAUUUCUACCGGAAUUUUACAAUAUUCCCACCGGAGAAGCUGGUGCAAAUCGUGAAAAUUAUCCCCUGCGGCCAGAGCUAAUUGAAUCGGUAAUGUAUCUGUAUCGUGCUACCGGCGAUCCAUUCCUACUGGAGGUAGGCGAAAACAUCCUUGAAAGCAUCGAGUAUAGCGCCAAGACGGCAUGUGGCUACGCGACGAUACGGAACGUUCUGACGCACCAACAAGAGGAUCGUAUGGAAUCGUUUUUUUUGGCCGAAACUACCAAAUAUCUGUACCUAUUGUUUGAUCCAAAUAAUGUGCUGCACAAUGAUGGGAGCAUUGGCAAUGUUAUUAAUGUAGUGCACAACGAAGAUGAUAAAGAUGAAAUGUACGAAUGUGUCGUAGGUGCUGGGGGAUACAUUUUCAACACGGAAGCCCAUCCAAUCGAUCCAACGGCACUGCGGUGCUGUGAAGCAAUUCAUGGCAACAUUUUUGCUGACCGGACAUCCGCAAAUCAAAACAAAAACAAUUCCCCGCGAGGCGAACUGUUUCUUUCGAAAGGUCAACGGAAAAUGGUUCAAUCACAGCAAAAGGAAAAUGUACAACAAUUAUGGAAUCGCUCCAUACGUAAAGAACCAACAUUUGCUACGAAUUCGGACGUUGGAACAAAACCCGUUGUUGAUAGAAUGACCACCAUAAGUCUUCCUACCGGCACUAUGAAUCGUGAUGUGGAAAAAGUAGAGAGUAUUCCCAGUGAUAUUAAGAUCAAAACUAUCUCAUCAACCGUACCCAUUUCAAGCAAAGAUAUGAAAUCAUCUUCGAUGUUACACUAUACAGAAUCAUCGCAAAUAGUAGAUGAUGCUAGUCAUGUUCUUUCAUCUGUAUCGGGUGAAAUUGCGGAACCAUCGUCAAUCAUUGCACCGAAGGAAACGAAAUGCAGCAGCAGCAGUAGAGACAAAUCUAAUUACAUCAUUUUUGGAUCAGACCCUAUGAAGGAAGAAUCAUCUGCAUUGAAAGAAGAUUCUUGCAAUAUUAUGGUAAAAUCAACACUAACGUCAACCAAGGAUGGCAAUAAUGAAAAUGAGGAAGAUAAAACAAUGGCAACGCUAUUAAAACUCGUGCAGAGCAUGUUUCACACAACCGUCGGCCAGCAUGAUACGAAAAGAUCUAAGUUUGAUCGUGAAAAAUUUUAUCAACACUUGAUCAGAAAGCGUAUGUUAGAAGAAGAAAGUAGUAAAUACAACGCAUCGGCACCAUCGCCGACCAAAGAUGAAAAGCAGCACGAGCUGCUACUGUGUCGCGCACAACCUUAUCUUCAUCGGCUAACUCUAAUUGGCGAGUUCUAUUAAAGUGUGGGGGUUGUAAACGUUGCUUGAAAUAAAAAAAGUGUAAGUGUCAUGAAAUUGGA